UUCAAGUAGCGAAGAUCAUCCUUAUAGCGUUCUGAACGCCAAAAAGUUCGAACGCACUGUUCGUAUAUCACAACUAGUCCAGAGCAGUCUCCACCGGCGGGAAAUGACUCCUGAACCCACUUGAUACACCUUCGAAAUUAAAGCCAAGAUUAGUUGCGGAAAAUCAAUUAACAUGGUCAGCGUUAACAGAAUGCAGAGUAUAAAGCUGCAGCCAGAAGAGCAAUGGACUUCAGCCUUGGCCGGUUUAUGGAGCCCCUGGUGUUUGGAGAUUAUCCAAAAAGCAAAAGGGAUUUGGUCAAGCAUAGGCUGCCCUCUUGCACCCAAGAAGAAAAGAACUUGGUUAAAGGGUCCUUUGAUUUUAUUGGAAUCAAUUACUAUACUUCAAGAUAUGCUAAAGGAAGCGGUUCAUAUAUAUCUACCCGAUGGGGCUAGAGAAGCUAUUGAAUUUCAUGAAGGACGAAUUCAGGAAUCACUGAAGCUAACGCAGAGAAUAUUAAACUGGAAGAAGCUCUGUGGGAUACACACAGAAUCAUCAAAACCCUUAGGCAUCUGCGUAGGAUUCACAAUGCAAUCACCAAUCAGGAACGGAGUGAAGGUGAAGGGGUUCAGGCACUGAACUGUGUUUGAUGACUUUGAAUAGGGGGAAGGUUAUGUUCCAAGAUACAGGCUUUACUGCAUAGAUUUCAAGAACGAUCUUAAGCGCAUUCCCAAACUCUCGUCUCCUUUGUAAUAAAAUGAAAGCAGUUGCAGUCGGUCUUUAGAG